UCACAUUGCAUAGUUCGUAUAAAACAAUUCCUCAACUCAGCAGACUUUUUGAUUAAAACUAGAGGAAGCUGCAAUCUGAAACCAGAGUCAGCGAAGCGGUGUUCUCUGCAUUUCUCAUGAUUGAUUAUUUUGUUCUGCGGAAGGAGAAGGAAAACAAGCAGUGGUGAUCUGAUGGAGGAUGUGGAAGAUAUGGAUUCGCUGUUUGAGGGAAUGGUGUUGUUUACGCCUUCCCAAUUGACGGAACACGACGAUGGCGAUCAUGGCCAUGAUCCGAGCCCAACUACUGCUUCUCAGGUUGAACGCUUAUCUGAUGCGGCAGUAACGGCGGCCACGACAUCUCAAUCGCGACAAGAUCAGUACCAGGAGCCCCUGGACGAGAAUCUAUUCUCUGACCUCACUCUCGUGGCUCCUUCCCAAGCCCUAGCAGAACGAUCCGAUCCGAAUCACGAUUCUUCAUCGCCUAGCUCGACGACGACGAAAGCAGCAACAAAACAUGCAGUCUCCCGUCAAGUUUCAAGAAAGAAAAAGAGAGCUGCAGGUUUAAGGAUUGGGCAUGGCAGAGACUCCCCUUCUCAUCACGUUAAUACCGUCGAUGAUGACGUUGACGAUGAAGACGGUGCUGCUGCUACGGCUGCUACUCCCGCAAUUGAUCAUCAACAAUGCGAAGACGCUGGAUUCGGGUUGGAGGUAAUCAGGGCACAAGUGUCCGAGAAGUUGAACAAUGCUCGACAAUUGGCCGCAUCCGUGUCCGAAGCGCGGAGGGAUGCUAUCAGGAAGCGAAGGCAAGUUUACGAGAAGCUCAAUUCAGUAUCGACCGAGUACAGCGACCUCGAGAAGCAGUUGGAGGAAGCUUGUGAGGCCGAGGAUUUCGAGGCUGCUGAAAGAAUCAGUGAGAGCCUGGCCGCUGCUGGUAGAGAGAGGCAGGCCCUACUCACUUCACUUCGUGAUGCUGAAUCCUUUUGUGAUGAGGUCGAAAACAAGAUGCAAAAGGUUCUCCUUUCCCAGAUUGCGGCAGAGGAAGAAUGUGCCUCUCUACUUCACCGUUUCUCCACGGAUGCUGGAAAUAGUGCAAAUUUGCUUCUCAAGAAAGCAGAAGCACGUUCUUCUGAAGAAAUGCAAAAUUGGUUUUCAUCAACUGAAGCUGUGGAGGUCAAGAAGAUGGAACUAGAAAUUGAAUCACAUAUUGUAGAUGAAGCUCGCUCUGUAUUAAAUGAUUCAAUUGAGCAUUCAGUUAAAGAUGAUAAGAGGGAAAAAGAAUUCCUUUGCAAGAGGAAGGACGUGUUGACUAGUGAACUUCAAAAGCUACUUGCUCUGGUGAAAGAGAAGGAAAAAGACAUUGAAGAGAAUGACCUCAAAAUCAAGGAAGUUGAUGAAAGGAUUGCUGAUGUGAUCUCUGGAUUUCAGGAGGUGCACUCAAGUAUAGAUGCAAAGCAUGGUGGCCUUCAAUCAGCUCUUUCCAUGAUGGCCACGGAGAGUGAAGCCUUGUCACUGAGAAAAAAGGAAAUUGAUAAGUUCAUCAUUUCUGAAGAAGAUAGAGCAGCAAAACUUAGAGAACUUGCUGAGAUUUCUACGGAGGAAGCAAAGUCAUUUGAGGAAACUGUUUUGCUGAGAAAAGAUUUGAUGUCAUCCAUCAUGAAGUGCAAAGAAGACAAAGUGAGGCUCACAAAGAUGGAAGAUAAACUUUCUGAGGAUGUCCAAUUGCUCCAGCAUGAGGCUUCAACUGCUAGAGCUUCCUUACAGGAGCUAUCUUCAACAAAGUCAAGCAUCCAGCAGAAAGUAGCAUCCUUUAAGCAGAAGAUCUUUUUCAUAGACAAAAGGGCUCCAGAACUGGAGAUGGAAAAGAAAGUUGCUGCUGCUGCAAGAAAUUUCAAGGAAGCGGCAAGAAUAGCAACGGAGGCGAAGUCAUUAAGUGUUGAAAAGGAUAACAUACAGAUGGAAAUGGAAAAAGCCAUUUCAGAGUUAAAGAAGCUGGAGGAUGAUGUCAAAGAAAUUGUUGACAGGUUGCAGGAGAUUGAAAGAUUAACUUUAUCCAAGGAAAAAGAGGUUGCAAUUGCCAGAUUCCAGAGGUUGCUUAUUGAUUUCGGUGCUACUACAGCUGAAAGAGCAGCUGCUCUAGAAUUGGGUGAUAUCGAAGAAGCUAACCUUCUACUUGUAGAGGCUGAAGCAGCUGAUUCAGAAGCAAAAAAACUUCAACCAGUAUACAAUCUUCAGCGAGAGGAGUUUGUAAAUUUACCAAAACACUUCAUAUCCAUGGAACUUGUAGCCAAUCUUGGCCGGAAGCAGUUAGCUGAAUUGGCAGAAUCUGUUAAUCUUUCUGCAGCUUGAUUACCGACCUGAUUUGAGAUAAUUAUCAGAUGUCAACGUUUCAGAGAGAACCAUUAUCAGAAUUUUCAUCUACCCCAUUACUGUGCCUGCCCUGGGAGUGGGAGUGUCAGUUACAAACAUAUCCAGAUUGUAGAGAUGAAUUCAUGUGCAAUACUACAGUCUUGUGACGACAGGUUCGAGAUCUGGAUCGAUUUUUUGCCUCCCAGGUGCUUCAUGUUUUGUCAACUUGGCACUUGGCAAGACCAGCUUACAUAAAAUACAUACAGAUCCAUGGAAAGGGAAAAGAAAACGAGAAGGUUUUUACUGCUCUGAUGUGUCUUUACCCACAAAAUGCGUUCUACUUUCUGAAACCAUUUCCUUAGCAAACUGUAAGUUUUCUUCAGUGAUUGCAUAGUCAGAUAUGUUUUGGCCUUUUCUUUUUCCAUCAAACUCUACAUUUUUGUGUUAUUUUGUAAUUUUAAAAUGAAACUCUUUCUUUUUUCUUUUUCUUUUUCU